UGAUAUUUCUGUUGCUAUUUCGGAUUCAAGUGAGUAUGUUUUUGGCGCUCAUUAUAUGCCUUGUGAAGGUGAACCAUUAAAUCCUCAGGGAGACGAUAUAAUGGACGAUAUAAGCGAGGAAACGACCAAGGAAGCCGAUCUGGAUGGCUUGACGCCGGCCAUUCUAGAGGCUAGAUAUGAUUAUAUGAAGUUGAUUCUUGGUAGCCGUAGGUAGCCUUUUUUCAGUUGGAUACAUUUGAACUUCAGUCGUUUUAAAUAAUUAAAUUUGACAAAAACACUCGAUUCAACUCGCUGCUUCAAUUUGAUAUAGGUGUAAAUGUGGCAAGUGCUCGGAUAUCGAAACUUGGUUGAUGCACUUGAAUACCGAUGUUGCCAUGAAAUUAUUGAAGCGCUUGGGAAACUAACAUUCGACGGGAGCAUCGCCGGAGAAAAUUUCAUGUUUGACAUUGCAUGAAGACUACAAGGCCAUCACGAACGAGGCUGUGCUGGCUCAAGUCGGCCCUUUAAUGAGAGACCGAAAUGGCAAAGCUAUAAAUCACGUUCAGGAACUCCUUACAAAAGAGUAUUGUGGAUCAUUUCAUGCUGUCAAAGUUAUAGAAUUACUGCAAUUUUUACGUUUUAUAUUUCGACAAAAAACACUUUCCAAAUGUGGAUAGUUUUCAAUAGCCGGUUUAAUAAUACAGUAAUAGAGCCAUGUUUAUUUAUAUCGAACAACUAUAAUGAUACGUUUCCGAUAUGCCUUCAAAACAUAUACAAACUUUGCCAGCCAGAAGGGUGGAUUAUAACAUCUUAAAGUUACUGCAUUGCUCUACUCAAACAAUUAUGAUGUCAAAGUACUAUAAAUACAGUAAUAAAACUCAAACUGUGUUUUAUACAGUGAGAUUUAUAUGCGGAAGUUAAACGGUUUGGCUGGUCUUGCAUUUGGUACAUUACAUAGUCUGGUCAAGGAUUUCGGUUGCAAAGACUGAUAUUGCUUGCCAAUCUCUUCCAAUGUUGUGCUAUCAACAUGCAGUAAACAUAAUUUCUCCUAUGCAGUUGACAUACUCUAUAUGAAACAUAGACAAUUUGUUAACCAUAUUGUACCAAAAACCCCAUUGCCCAUCUCCCUCUAAUACCUAUCCCCCCACCAACGUUUAAAACAAAGAACACCUGCAUAUGAUAUCAAUGAAAUAUUGGUUGCGCAGAAAGAUAAAAUAAUAUACCCCAGUCACCUAGUGGAGUAUGUAAAAACUAUGCCCUUUCAAUUGACCUUAUGAGCAUGCCUACGUAUUAACCCAUAAGGCACAAGGUCUUUUAUGCAAAUGCAAAAUAUUAUUUACCUAUUUACCAUAAGUUGGCGGUCUCUUGACUUCUCGUACAAUUGCUUAUGGCAAUGACAUCUUCUACGUUUCAACAACGUCAAUCGUUGGAAAUGAGCCUCGAGUCAAGAAGCGCUUAGUGUUACUGCUAUCUAUCUUAGACUUUGUAAAUUGUUCUAGAGCUCUCGUUAAAAUAGCUCUCGUCAAAAUAGCUCUCGUCAAAAUGUGCCGAGCACACCAUAUUCUUGAAGAAGACGUUUCAGGGUCGAAGUCAGAUCGAUGUCUUCGAACAAAACGAAUCCAUUGCCUUUCGUACAGACAGAAAUCGUUCGGAAAACAAUGCAUGCUAGCUAAUGCUGGUGUAGACUUGGAUCUAAUGCUGGUGUGUCGCCACUAUUUGCGCGCCUUCUUAUUUGGCCCUCCAGGAACACAAAACACUUUUAGAAUUUUCCCCCUCUCAUUUCACAUGAAUGAGACGUUUUCUCCAUAUUUGCGCGGCUAAUAUGUAAAUCAAAUCUUUGCUAGGGUUAUUCAGCGUCGGCUGCGGCGUGGAUGCGUAGUAUAAUCUCUAUCUUGUAUUAACGAUCACGCAGGCCUAUAAAUUAUAACAGUUAAACGAAAUCUCUUCUCGACGUUUCGAGCGAGGGCCCUUCCUUCGUCACGUAGAGUUAGUAGGGUAAGGGAGAGCUCGAAACGUCGAGAUUUCAGAUUUCGUUUAUCUCUUAUAGACUUGCGUGAUCAUUUAUAUACAAGACAGAGCUUAAUACAGCUUAUGUUAUUCAGCGUGCCCUGCUCUUUACGUCACAGGAAGUAAUUUGACGCCUUUUGGCCGCGCACAGACAGAACCACUUUUUGAAGCCAAUAUGGCAUGUUUAACCCUCGAUAACUUUUGUUUAAUUGAUUUUUAGAGCUUGCGUUUUUAAAAUCGUCUUUUGUACACUAAACACUAUAGGAAUAUCGAAUAAAAAAUUUCAUUUCAUAGGCACUUUAAAGCUCAACAGCUGACCUCUGUAGCUCAGUUGGUUAGAGCGCUGCACCGGAAUCGCAGGGCAGUAGGUUCAAUUCCUACCAGAGGACCUUGUGCUGCAUUUUUCGCAGUCGUUCCUGCUUAGGUCUUAAAAUGUAUAUAUUCUCACUUGGAUUACAAACCCUAACAUUCUAAUAUUAAGUCCACCAAGUGAAGUGCAAGAAUCCAAAUUAUUGAAGUCCACCUUAUCAUAACCCGCACACCCGAUUACUUAAAUAUACAUGAAGUUAUGGUUAAAGCUCAACAGCUGGCCUCUGUAGCUCAGUUGGUUAGAGCGCUGCACCGGAAUCGCAGGGCCGUAGGUUCAAUUCCUACCAGAGGACCUUGUGCUUCAUUUUUUGCAGUCGUUUCUGGUUAGGUCUUAAAAUGUAUAUAUUCUCACUUAAAAUGUAUAUAUUACAAACCCUAACAUUCUAACCCUAACAUUCUAACAUUUGAAAUUAAGGAUUUGGAGGUUUUGCGAUCACCGACAACUUGAUAAUUUUAUAAAACAAAACACUUCUAUCUCCAACUUUUACAAUCACUGAUAAAUUGAUAAUAAUUUAAACCAGUCUAGCUGUAGUUUAAAUAGAGAAUAAUAUAUGGGUGCACGAAAUACCAGAUUUAUUUCGAGUGUUGAACAUGAGUGUGCAGCGAACAAGUGAGCGCAGCGAACGAGUGAGAUGUCAUGUUCAACACAAAAAAUAAAUCUGGUAUUUCCAACCGCUCAUGUAUUUUUCUGUUUAUUAUAUAAAGGACAGUCUUAAAUGAAAAGCGAUAAUGUUUACAGAAAAGCGAUAAUUGAAAAGGCGAUAAAUUUUUACAUGUGAGUCUAUCGUGAAUAAUUUCACAUCUGAGAUUAUCAUUUUUGUCAGUGCUCGAAAACUCUGCAAAACACUAUACUUUAUAUAAUAAAAAUUCAUAAAUUUGAACCAUGCUAGAGCAUGACAACAGCAAAAUGCUCUAUAGUAUGAUGCACAAUAUUUUGGGAGGUGAUCGAAAUACACGAACAAUAAAUCAGAGAGUGUUUGCUUGGAACUCACUGGGGGGGGGGGCAACACCCCUGAUUAUUGCUCAUGAUGAAUUUCAGGUAGAUUUCCAGUGCACUUUUACUACCUACAUUUAAGUAGAUUUGCAGAAAAUUUUCAGGGGAAUUCAGGUAAUUCUCAGGACAUGACUGAGAAAGUGAAUUUGGAAAACAACUGUAUUAAAUUUCGGAAAAAUUAUUAUAUGUCCUGAAAAUUUUUUGUACAUCUGGAAACUUUUUGGUAACACCCCCCCCUCUAUCUACCCCCCACCCCUGCGACGAAGUGCUCGCAACGGCACUGAGUAUAUAUCUUUUGAAAACAGGCGAGGGGUUAUUGCAUGCAUGUAUUUCUAGUAUAGACUAUAGUAAAUUCAAAAGUGCAGCUCAUGCUGAAUGGUAAACCUUUCAAUGUUGCUCGAAGUUUAUAAAAAUCUGCUGCGUAUUCUUAAAAAAAUGCGGAUAAAAUACGACUGUUACUCCUAAUAAAAUUAUCAUAUUAAUUUUAAUCACAGUAAAUAUUUAAAAAAGGCCUAUAUAUGGAAGUGAUCUUCAAGAGCGAAUUAACUGUAUAAUUAUAAUUCAUAUUAAAACACUAUUAAGUAGAACAGUUUCUCUGGCGAAUAGUAAUUAAUUUACAAGGGUUUGUGCCAGUGUAGGUAGAGUCAAUAAUAACAAGAAUUGUUAGGUAGGGAUGCAAAUUCGGCGUUUCGAGCGAAGGUCCUUCGUCGGGAAGUUAGUGAAUCUUAGUGGAAAAUCUUCGCUUGAAAAGUUCAAUUUCUCCCUGUUCUUUUUCAGGUAGUUGCAUUCCUACCAACGGAAGCUUGUAAUGUGCAAUGUUCUAAUUAUUUGAUGGUUUACACGUCAUUAAUACCAAUAUAUUCACAUUAGAGACGGACAAGUCGUCUAAACGAACAAAUCGUCUCUCACAAAUCGUCUUCACAGACGGAAAAGUAGUCGAACAAAUUCAGACGACUUGUUCGUCUACGACUUGUUCGUCUAAAAUUUUGUCCGACACAUUUUCACAUCAUCAGAUUUGUCCGACUAAAAUACGAUUUUGAGACGAUUUGUUCGUUUAGUUGACUUGUCCGUUUUCUAAUGUGAAAACGGCUAAUGUGGAAUUAAUUAAAUUCAUUCAUUUUUUCGCUCGCUACUCCGGUUUUUAUAAAUGAAUGCAAAGCUUAGUGGAAUUGCAUUCACGACCCAACUUUUCAACACUCCAGUCUAGUGUAAGAUCACCCUGACGACUGGGCUUUAACGAGCAAAAACGUGACCACAGACUUUAAAUAAUUAACUUCAUGUUUUAUUUUUGUUUUGCAUAGAUGACAGCAAAACUGUGGAGUUUUAUCUUCUUGUUGCUGGAGUCCCUGUUCUUGUCUUACUGCUGAUUAUUGCAGCUAUUUCUUUGUGUUGUUGCUACUUCUGCAAGAAAAAGAAAUCUGAAGCUGCAGGCAAACCUCAUUCCACUAUUCAUGUUAACAACGCAUAUGUCAUACGUUAG